CGGCUAUAGUCAUUUUAAACUUUAACUAAAGUUUAUUUUAGUGUCCAAUGAAAUUACAUAAGUAAAGUUAAAGCAUGAAAAUUAUAUAAAAAUAAAUUAAAUUAUAUAAAAAUUAAUAUAAAAUGAAUUAGAUUAAAUUUAAGAGUUAUAUAUAGUAAAAUAACUUUUACUGCUCCAAGCAUGUUCUAAACAAUUAAGUAUUGGGUUCGAUUGUCAAUAGAUUGUGUCCUUGAAAAUAUUAAUUUCUGCUUUUCGCUUCGUAUAAUUGUAAUAUAUUCUAAUAUAAUUGUAAUAAUAACUCAGUGAUUUAAAAUCAAAAUAGUGUCUUCAAUCUUAUUAAAAUAAUAAUUAAUAUGACUCCACUAAAAGAUACAAAAGAAAAAUUGAUAAAAGCAGCUAGAAAUUGCCAGCAAAAUUUUUAUGAAUUACUCAGCGACUGGAAUAUUUACGAUCAAAAGAAACCAUAUCAUUUAAAAAAUUUUAUUGGCACUGCACUUUUUGGUCCACCGCAAAUUAAUCAAUUAACAAUUGAUGCAACAUGUUUUUUUGAAAAACAUUUAAAUGAUGAAUUUUUUUUUCACGAUUCACAACAACGACAAAUAAUUGACAAGAUAUAUGAAAAAAUUGUACGCCAUGGAAUUCAAAAUACACGUGAAAAAGAAAUAAUGUGUGGAUUAAUUUAUAAUGUGAUAUUUGAUACAUCAACGGAAUGUUGUAAAUAUUUUAGUGAUGAACAUGUUAACAAAUGUUUACAACCAAUACCAAUAUUUAAAGUUUUAAAAAAUAUUGUUAAACAAACUGAAAAUGGAAAUAUAGUGACGACAAAAUUAGAGACCUACUAUAUUGACGAUUGUGAACGAGUUUACAAAAGUUGGAAGGAUUAUUUAAAUUAUAAUAAUUUGCCACAGUGUUUUAUGGUGGUGCCAAAAUUAGGCGAAUAUCAAGGUGAUUAUAGAGAUCAAUGGUCGGAAAAAAUUUCCUAUGUUUCUAUUGAAAUGUAUAAAUCGCCAUCGUGUAAUGCAAAGAUAAUUAAUAAUAUUGACAAGAUUAAUAGAUUUGUUGGUUUGGGUUGUGCUGGAGUUGGACUUGCAGCUACUUUUAAUCCUGUUGGUGGCACUGUUAUGGCUUUAGGAGCAGUAGGAAUGGGAAUAAGUGGAUUGUGGUCAAUGGGAAGGAAUUCUCACAAAAUAGCAGAUCGCCAUAUUCACGAACAAUCAAUUAGCAUGAAAGACAAAGACGGAUUUCUACGAUGGUUUGGAUUAGCGAAUAGUAUUUUAACAGUGGCAACAAGUGGCGGUUCUAUGUUACUAUCAAAUGCAAUUAAAAAUACUACUUUAAGUACUGCUGCAAAAAUAGUUCACAGUUCGGCACAAAUUGGAUCAAUUGCCGCUAGUGGAGUUAAUGUUGGUUUUAUAAUUAACAACAUUUACGAUUCUCGUCAUAAACAUUAUGUUUCAGCACAAGACACUCUAAAUCUUGUUUCGAAAUUAUUAUUAUUUACAAAUUCAACAGUUGAUUUACAAUUUGCCAAUAGUAUCUUAAAGAAAAAUCAAACAGAAUUUAUUCAAGAUUUUGAGAAUAGUUUGAGAAAAAAUCGACAUAGAAAAUAAUUUUGACGAAUGGUAAAAAACAGUACAUCCCUUCAUAAUUCACCGGAACAAAUAAUUCGAUCGACUAUUAAAAUAAGUAAUAAAAAUUUGCUAUCGUGUUCAAUUAUUAAAGAUGAUUUUAUAAUUAAAGGAA